AGAUGAGGCAUAUGAGGCUGACAGAUGUCGUAUUUGAAACGAGGCUGAGAGAUGUCAGCAUAUAUAGAGCGGUCUUUCCGGACUGAUCUUUAUUAUCAAUAACCAUUAUCCAUCAUCAAUCACCAUGGGGAGAAAAUCUCGUCGAAAUAUUGCUGACGACACCGAGUCGUAUUGGUCCCAACAAUGUCCCGAUGAUGAUCCAGGCCGCUAUAUGACAAAAACACAUUCCAGCAAGGUGGCCAGACAUGCCGAUACCCUCCCCAACGGAAGAGGAAGGGGAUAUCCCAAACCUCAUCACCAUCCAACCCCUGCCCCGUUUCCAUCCAACAUGCCUCUGCGCGAAACGCCCAUCAUCCCAGGAAGAGUCGACGGCACGGGCGUGGCUCCUGGGGCGAAGCGUGUUGUCGCGGUGCAGGGACAGCCUGAUAUUCAUCAUAUCCUCACCCACGACAGGAGUCUAGGUCACGACGGCAUGAAUUUUGUUCCGUCUAGAUACCACUCAAAAUCCGCGGCGUAUGCCACUGGGGAUCAGCAGGCCAUCGACGAUUUCAAUCAACGCUUUCACAAUGCGUUUCCUCUGGGGAAUCCUUCAGGGAGUCUGAUUGAGCCUCAACCUAAAGGAUCCACCCUUUCUAGCCGGAUCACACGUCCACAGGGUCUUGCGGAUCGUAUCACAUUUGGAAAUCAGUCUCUGGAUGGGAUGGAUGGGAUGGGUGGAAUGGGUGGAAUGGGUGGAAUGGGUGGAAUGGGUGGAAUGGGUGGAAUGGGUGGAAUGGGUGGAAUGGAUGGGAUGGAUGGGAUGGGUGGAAUAGAUGGGAUGGAUGGGAAUGGAUUAAAUGGGAACAGAUUCAAUGGGAACAGAUUCAAUGGGAAUGGAUCCAAUGGGAAUGGAUUCUUUCGGAAUGGAUUCAAUCGAAAUGGAUUCAAUCAAAAUGGAUUCAAUGGAUACUAGUUAGUUAUACCUUAUAGUUAUAGUCAGUUAUAGUU